GGUGCAAGAAAAUGGCGAAGAUGAUGGAGAGAUAGUGGAGAACAUUCCCGCACCAGUUCCGGUUGUUACACGAACAGUUUCUAGCAACAUCGACAUUCCCAUUCCACCGGAAUGGAGCAACUGGUGGAUGAGCGAUCAGGUGCCGACCAGGCCAUCUGCAAAGAUGGGCCAGAACCGAUUGCUCACAACUGGACUAGCCCACUACGUUAAUGAGCUAGAGAAAGCCCACGAAAUGGUACCGCUUAGCCGUCGCACAACUGAAGACGUUCGUUCGGAUGAUUCUUCUAUUACACAGGUGUCGACUGAUUCCCAGGCCGGUUCCGAUGUACCGCAGGAUCAGAACACAACCAUCAAGGAUCCUCCGGCUAUCCUUGGCUGCAACCAACAGACCGCCGCACCCAGGGUUACUUUAAUUAAAAUUGGUAUCAUCGUGCGUUCCCCGGACGGUUCGAUUCCCCGUGUGAUUCCCUUAAACCCUCCGCAGAACGUACAAUCCAGUGAAGUGCUGGUCAAGGCGGCAUUGUUCUACGAAGAGGGCCGCCAAGGGAACAGCACGUGUGAAUCACACAUUUUUUACAACACGCAGUCAGGCAAGGUAGAGCUUAAUGCAGGACAUUUUGAGCAGGAGUAUAUCAUCUAG